GUUAAUAGCUAAACGCAUAAAAACAUUUACACAAUUUUUCUAUAUACAAUAGUGAUUUAUCAAAUGAGUGAGAACUCUAGAAAUUCAAUUAUGGCUAAAGAAGAAAAUGAUGUUGAUUCCGCAAGUAGCGGAAGCAAUGCAAAUCCUCCAGAACAUACACGACAAAGCAGCCUGCAACGAAUUCAGCAGAGAAAGCAAAAAGUAUUCAACUUACCAAAGAUACAGCGUAUGGCAAAACUAUCAAUGUAUUCUGCAUGUCAGGUUGAAAACUGUCGUUGCAGUGGAUGGAAAACUCCGCAAGAGAAUAGGCACCGCGAUGUAGAAAAUGGAUAUUGUCCAGAAUUCACAGAAGAAUGUCGAAAUUUGCAGUGUAAACAUCCUUUGGAAUCACAUAUCUCUCACUUGAAUGAUCUGAGUAACGAUCAGCUUAAUGAAUUAAUGGGGGCUAUAAUUGAUGCAGAAAAUUUAUUUAUGAGUAUGCAACGAGUGGAAGAUGAAGACACAAAAAAAGUUUAUCUAUAUUUAUUUCGGUUAUUAAGGCAAUGCAUCAUAUCAAGACAACAAGCAGUUAUUAGAGGACCCUUAGGAGACCCACCAUUUGAACAGCCAUCGAUUGCGAAAGCUGUUACGAAUUUUGUGUUUUACAAAUAUAAUCAUUUAAGUCAGACUGAGUUACUAGUAAUGACCGAUGCCGCUAAAACAUUUUUAAGUUUUUUGAAUCAUUGGAAUUUUGAACCACCAAGCGCCCGUUGCACUGAUUUAACUAAUGAAGAUGCUUCAACGUAUAAAAUAAAUUACACAAGAUGGUUAGUUUUUUGCCAUGUGCCUGCGUUUUGUAACACGUUACGGCAUUUUGAAACUGCGCUUGUGUUUGGAAGAACGCUAUUGAAAACUGUAUAUCAAUAUAUAGCCCAACAGUUAUUAAAAAAGUGUGUUUCUGAAAGAGAUCGAUUUCCUGUAGAAAAGCGCGCGGUUUUGACACAAAUGCCGAAAUUUUUAGAAAACUUGAAGCAUGAAGUAUUGCGAGAUAACUCUCCAAUAUGGGAUACUUCAUAUCGUCCACCUAUUUCUUAUAUUAUGCAACAAAGAAAACGUCAGCAAGAAGCCGUAGCUGCAGCUGGAGGAAUGGGAACAGGUUGUGCAAACAAAAAAAAUCCAGAUUCAUAUAAACGGGCAAGAAAGGAAAUUGAAACAGAAGAUAUCAAUGAUGAAGUUGUACUUCAAGCUAUGAAAUCGAUGAACGAUUCUAAAUUAGCUGCUAAGACUGAAAUUUUGUUUCCUGUUAAUGUUUCAAGAGAUGAAAUUGUAAAAGCUGAAGAAAAUCAACGGGCGAUAGAAUUUCAUGUUGUAGGAAAUUCAUUGUCCAAACCGGUGACUAAACAAUCCAUGUUAUGGUUAUUAGGAUUGCAUAGUGUUUUUGCACACCAACUUCCAGAAAUGCCAAGAGAAUAUAUAAGUCAGCUUGUUUUUGAUGCCAAACAUAAAACUUUAGCCCUGAUCAAACACAACCGCCCUAUUGGUGGCAUUUGCUUUCGGACAUUUGCAUCUCAAGGUUUUACUGAAAUAGUAUUCUGUGCAGUAACAAUGAGUGAGCAAGUGAAAGGGUAUGGAACACAUCUAAUGAAUCAUCUUAAAGACUACAGUAUUCAACGAGGAAUUAGACAUUUCUUAGCAUUUGCUGACGAAUUUGCUAUUGGUUAUUUUAAAAAACAAGGUUUCUCAAAAGACAUAAAAUUAGCGCGACCGGUAUAUGCAGGCUACAUAAAAGAAUACGAGGGUGCAACACUAAUGCACUGCGAGCUGCAUCCAAGUUUAGUUUAUACACAAUUUAUUUCGGUAAUUAGAAAGCAACGUGAAAUAGUUAAGGAGUUAAUAGCGCAACGUCAGCAGGAAGUUCAAAAAAUACGACCGGGAUUACAAUGCUUUAAGGAAGGUGUAAGAUCGAUACCAGUUGAAUCUAUUCCAGGUCUAAGAGAGAUUGGUUGGAGACCACAAGCACGUGCCCAUAGAACUUCUCGUCCUGAAGAAUCUGCUGAUCCAGAUAAAUUAGCUGCACAAUUUACAACUAUAUUACAAUCAGUUAAACAGCACGCUUCAGCAUGGCCUUUUUUGAAACCAGUAAAUGCCGCAGAGGUUCCUGAUUAUUAUGAUCAUAUUAAAUAUCCUAUGGAUUUAAAAACAAUGACAGAUCGUUUAAAAAAAGGAUAUUACGUAACCAGACGACUUUUUAUGGCUGAUAUGGCAAGAAUAUUUUCAAAUUGUAGAUUAUAUAACUCACCAGAUACAGAAUACUACAGAUGUGCAAAUUCUUUAGAACGUUAUUUCCAAACCAAAAUGAAAGAGUUGGGACUUUGGGAUAAAUGAUGUUCAAUUACACCCUCUCCGACUUCCACAACAAUGUUAUACACUUCUGGAUCUACACCAUCAACUUCUAC